AAAUGGAAAAAAUCGGAGAGAGAGAGAGAGAGAGAGAGAGAGAGAACAGCUCAGAGCCAGAGGAGGAGGAGGAGCUCCUUUAUUCCAGCGACGGUUAGACCUAUGAAGAACGAAACAGCUCGCGAAGAAGACGAAACCGAAACUGAAACACUGAGGCAAGAUAGCGCGAGGAGAAGACGACGAAGGAGAAGAAGGAGCAUCAAUGCCUCCCUAGCGAAGCUGAAACUGAAGCCUUCGAUCAAAAGCCGUUGCUCUUGCCUCCUCCCUUGUUUCCCGAGGAGUUCCCCGGGGAGUUUCCCGCCGGCGACGGGAAUGGCCACGCUCAGGGUGCCGGACGUCGUCCCUUCCCCGUCCGACGAUUGCGAGAGGCUCCGGAAGGCUUUCGAAGGCUGGGGAACGGAUGAGAAGGCAGUCAUAUGGGUAUUAGGGCACAGGAAUGCAAGUCAGAGGAGGUUAAUCAUGGAGACUUAUCAGCAGCUUUAUAACAAAUCGCUUAUCGACAGUCUUAAUUCUGAACUGUCUGGGGAUUUCAGAAAAGCAGUGAUCUCCUGGACAUAUGAUCCUCCGGAGAGGGAUGCCAGAUUGGCAAAGGAGGCCUUGCAGACUAGAAGGAAAGGCAUAAACCACUUGCUUCCGAUUGUUGAGAUCGCAUGUGCGACAUCUCCCCACCAUCUGAUUGCCGUAAGGCAGGCCUACUGUUCCCUCUAUCAUUGGUCACUCGAGGAAGACAUCUUGUCAGCGAUAUCUCUUCCGUUCCGGAAGAUCCUUGUAGGAUUGGUGAGCUCCUUUAGAUAUGAUAAGGAAGUGGUAGAUAUGGAUGUUGCUAAUUCAGAAGCAGCACUGCUGCGUGAAGCAAUUGAAAGGAAGCAAUUGGAUCAAGAUUCUGUUUUGUGGGUUCUUGGGACUAGGAACAUUUUUCAGCUCCGAGCAACUUUCCAUUGCUACAAGCAGAACUAUGGUAGUCCUAUUGACCAGGAUAUCAAGAACUGCGGGAAGGGUGAUCUGGAAUCUUUGUUAGGAGUUGUAAUACGUUGCUUAGAUUGCCCUGAGAGACACUUCGCAGAGGUGGUCAGGAAUUCCACACUAGGGCUCGGAACGGAUGAAGAUUCGCUCACCAGAGCCAUCAUAACCCGAGCUGAAAAUGACAUGAUGAAGGUCAGGGGCGAAUACAAUAACAUGUACCAAAGCAGCCUAGACAACGCCGUCAUCGGGGAUACGUCGGGAGAUUACAAAGACUUCUUGUUGACAUUGCUUGGAGCAAAAUUAUAAGUUCCAUUCUUCGCCUCUUAUUUGCUGGCUUGUCAAAGUUUGCUUGUUUUGAUAUGAAAACUUGCUCAUGUAUUUACGCACCUCCUGCUGCAGAGUGCUUGAAGCAAUUGUUUGUGCAUAACUCCUUAAUUCGUUGUGCCAUUCUCGUCUUUUUCAUUUUUCUUUCUGAAGGAGAUUUGUCUUAUCAAGUUCUCAUGUCGUCAUCAGAAUAUCUGUUUGACCAUGGCAUCACCAGACAACAGGUUUCUAAUGCAUCUACAUCUUGAUCCGUCUGUGUCAAACUAAACGUAGAAAAUUUGCAAGAAA